AUGGCUUUUGCGUUUACGGACGGCUAUGGACUGCUGAUUCGGCAUAUUCCCAAUAGUCAUACACUCAAUAGUCAUACACUUAAUAGUCAUUCUAACAAUCGUCAUACACCUAAUAGUCAUACUAACAAUCGUCAUACACCUAAUAGUCAUACUAACAAUAGUCGUACUAACAAUCGUCAUACACCUAAUAGUCAUACUGACAAUCGUCAUACACCUAAUAGUCAUACACCCAAUAGUGAUACUAACAAUAGUCAUACACCUAAUAGUCAUACUAACAAUCGUCAUACACCUAAUAGUCAUACUAACAAUUGUCAAACUAACAAUAGUCGUACUAACAAUCGUCAUACACCUAAAAGUCAUACUAACAAUAGUUAUAAACCUAAUAGUCAUACACCCUAUAGUGAUACUAACAAUAGUAAUACACCCAAUAGUCAUACUAACUAUAGUCAUACUAACAAACUACUACACAAAGAGUGA